GGGCCGGCGGUCCUCCGCGGGAGGGAGCGAGCGGCGGGCGGGCGGGCAGGCGGCCGACGGCGACAGCGGCGGGGCGGCCGGCGGUCCUGCGCGCUCGCGGCGUCUCCAUGGGGCCGGCCCGCGGCGCCCGCGCGCUCUAGAACAUUUCAACUGCUGCUCCGAGGGCAACGUAUCUUCAGCAGGACUUGGAAUUUCUGGAGAAUUGCCUUUGUGAAAAGCUGGCAAUACUUCCUUUGAAUUCCAUCUCUUAGUUUUCCACUUGCGUUUCAGAGGAGCAUCAAGGAACCAUGAACAACUUUAGUAAUGGAGAGUUUGACUGCCAUUUUCUCGAUGAAGGCUUUACUGCCAAGGACAUUCUGGACCAAAAAAUUAAUGAAGUUUCUUCUUCUGAUGAUAAGGAUGCCUUCUAUGUUGCGGACCUGGGAGACAUUCUAAAGAAGCACCUGAGGUGGUUAAAAGCUCUUCCUCGGGUCACCCCCUUCUAUGCAGUCAAGUGCAAUGACAGCAGAACCAUCGUGAAGACCCUGGCUGCCAUCGGGACCGGGUUUGACUGUGCCAGCAAGACUGAAAUACAACUGGUGCAGAGUCUCGGGGUGCCUCCGGAGAGGAUUAUCUACGCAAAUCCUUGUAAACAAGUGUCCCAGAUUAAGUAUGCUGCCAAUAACGGAGUCCAGAUGAUGACUUUUGAUAGUGAGGUCGAGUUGAUGAAAGUUGCCCGGGCACAUCCAAAGGCAAAGUUGGUUUUGCGGAUUGCUACCGAUGAUUCCAAAGCAGUCUGUCGCCUCAGUGUUAAAUUUGGUGCCACACUCAAAACCAGCAGGCUUCUUUUGGAACGGGCGAAAGAGCUAAAUAUUGACGUCAUUGGUGUCAGCUUCCAUGUGGGAAGUGGCUGCACUGACCCGGAGACCUUCGUGCAGGCCAUCUCUGAUGCCCGCUGUGUCUUUGACAUGGGGGCUGAGAUUGGUUUCAACAUGUAUCUGCUUGAUAUUGGUGGUGGCUUUCCUGGAUCUGAGGAUGUAAAGCUUAAAUUUGAAGAGGUCACCAGUGUGAUCAACCCAGCGCUGGAUAAGUAUUUUCCGUCAGACUCGGGAGUGAGAGUCAUAGCUGAGCCAGGCAGAUACUACGUUGCAUCAGCUUUCACGCUCGCAGUUAAUAUCAUUGCGAAAAAACUCGUAUUAAAGGAACAAACAGGAUCUGAUGAUGAAGAUGAGUCGAGUGAACAGACCUUUAUGUAUUACGUGAACGAUGGAGUAUAUGGAUCAUUUAAUUGCAUCCUUUAUGAUCAUGCACACGUGAAGCCUCUUCUGCAAAAGAGACCCAAACCAGAUGAGAAGUAUUAUUCAUCCAGCAUAUGGGGACCGACGUGUGACGGCCUCGAUCGCAUUGUUGAGCGCUGUAACUUGCCUGAGAUGCAGGUGGGCGAUUGGAUGCUCUUUGAAAACAUGGGCGCUUAUACUGUUGCUGCUGCUUCGACUUUCAACGGAUUCCAGAGGCCAACUAUCUACUAUGUCAUGUCAGGGCCAACAUGGCAACUGAUGCAGCAAAUCCAGAACCACGACUUCCCGCCUGAAGUGGAGGAGCAGGACGUCAGCACUCUGCCUGUGUCCUGUGCUUGGGAGAGUGGGAUGAAGCGGCACCCAGCAGCCUGUGCUUCGGCCAGCAUUAACGUGUAGAUACCAUUCUUGGAGCUGUUAACUGCGAGUUUAGCUUGAAGUAGGGGUUUGGGGGGACCAUUGAACUUAAUUCCCAGUAGUUUUGAAAUGUCUUUGUAAGUAGGGUUGGCACAGAUGCAACAAUAUGGAAGACUAGGAAAUGGGGUCACACUUAUCUGUGUUCCUAUGGAAACUAUUUGAAUAUUUGUUUUAUAUGGAUUUUUAUUCACUUUUCAAACAUGCUACUAAAGAGUGCCCCUCAGCUGCCAAGCAAGCGUUUGUAGCUUGUACAUUGGCAGAAGGAGCCAAAAGCUUAGUGUGGUGACCUGUUUUAAAAAUAAAGUAUCUUGAAAUAA